ACCGUCCCUACCAUCCACCCCUGUCGUGUUCCAUCGCAUCCCGUGUUCCAUCGCAUUCACUUCUGCCAUGAGUGGCUACGCAGAUGAGCUACUCAACGACUUUGGCUCGGAUGACGACGAGCAGGACCAGAAGCCUGCCGCCACUGCUGCGAGCAAUGGAGACAGUAACGGAAAGCGAAAGUGGGAGGACGAUCUGGCAGACCUGGACGAUGGUGACGAUGACGGCGACGAUGACGUUGACCCGGGGGAACGAGUGGAUGAGAACUCGAAGUUGAAGCUGGGAAAAGACUCAAUUGCUCCCUCGGCAGAGCUGAGGUCAGAGGACAUCAAGGACCUCGACUUUGGUCCCGAGUCUGUGCCAUCCGUAUCAUCCAUCUCCACGCUCCUCUCAUCCUCAAAGGUGCAAGCGACAAUAGCCAGGAUCGAGCACUUCAAGAAUAAGGCAUCAUCUUCAGCGUCUUCAUCAUCGUCCACGGAGGCGAAUUUGGUGGCCCAGAUGCAAGUAGAGGGCAUUCUCGAGCACUCUGAAGAGUAUCAGCUCAUUGUUCGCGCCAACAAUCUGGCUGUGGAAGUGGAGAACGAGAUCACCCUCGUGCACAAAUUCAUUCGCGAUCACUACAAUGCUCGGUUCCCCGAACUGGACACCGUCAUUCCUCGAGCGUGGGAACACGUUCGAGCUGUAGAGGCCUUGGGCAACCCGGAUGAUCUCAGCGCUCCCAAGGAGGGCAGCUCACUAGAGUCGCUGCUGCCUCGAGAGCUCGUAGUCCCCAUCUCCAUUGCCGCAUCCACGACUAGCGGAAAGAAGCUGUCGCAGCAGGAGUGGGACAAGGUACAAGAGGGUUGCAAGACCGUACACGAACUGGCCAGAGUCACAAGACUCAUUCUAGAGUACGUCGAGUCGCGUAUGAGCUUCAUCGCGCCCAAUCUCUCCGCCCUUGUCGGCUCGAACGUGGCAACAAAGUUGCUAGGAGUGGCAGGAGGUCUUACGGCUCUUUCGAAGAUCCCUGCAUGUAACAUUCAAGUACUGGGAGCGGCGGCAAAGAAGGCUUCCCUAGGUGCGCUGGGACUCUCGUCGAACCUCGGUGGCAACCUUUCUGGCGAGUCGCGGCACGUUGGCUUCAUCGAUCAAGCGCCCUUAAUGAGCGAGGUUCCACCCGAGUACCAUCGCCAAGCCGUACGACUCAUCUCGGCCAAGGUCGCCCUGGUAUCUCGUAUGGACGUCAACCACUCCGAGCCUCUCGGCACUUACGGCUCGAAGCUCCGCGCCGAGCUCUCUCAAAAGAUCGAAAAGCUCCUCGAAGCCGCACCGGCCAAGAUGGUCAAAGCUCUUCCUGUACCCGUCGAAGGCAACGGACACAAGAAGCGUCGUGGUGGUCGUCGUGCCCGCAAGAUGAAGGAGCUCUAUGGCGCUUCUGAAUUGCGCAAGUUGCAGAAUCGAGUCGAGUUUGGCAAAGCCGAAGAAGAAAUGGGAGCAUUUGACGAGACGGUUGGGCUGGGUAUGGCUGGGUCCUCCAGUGCCAGUGGACGGAUCAGGGCUGGUGUGGGGGAAAAUCGGACAAAGGCAAAGAUGUCAAAGAAGAACCAAGGGAGGCUGGAGGCAAUCCGUAGGGGCAAUGCCCGUACCAACUUGGAUGAGAUGCUCGGACCUUCCUCGUCUUCCUCCUCCUUCCCCGCACGCGGAGCAGCCAACGGCAUAUCUUCCUCUGCUACCUCAUCAGGCACACAGACGUCCCUUGCCUUCACCCCCGUGCAAGGUAUCGAAUUGGCAGAUCCUACGCAGAGGGCGCGAAAAGUCGACGAGGCCAAUGACAAGUGGUUCAGGCAAGGACAAUUCUCCCUUUUGCCUGGAGUCAAGGGUGGAGCUACACCACUUGUGCCUAGUAGUGGUACUGUUGGGCAAACGGGAGGUAAGACGGGGUUGGGAUCGGGACCGGGGUCAGGAUCGAUGGGACCUCCUGCUGCGCCGCGGAGAUGAAGGCGCUGAAAGCCCGGUUGUGUUCUUCGCCAAUGUCUACAUCCUUGUACUUUUACACUCCAUUAAUGCCAUGGACAUUUCAAC